AUGAUUGAAGCUGAUCACCCAGGAAAGCCCUUUACUGGUGGCCUCAAUACAGAAACAAAUGAGAAAGCCCUUGAAGCUGUAUUUGGCGAAUAUGGAUGGAUAGAGGGAGUACUCUUGAUGAAAGAUAGUGAAACCAACAAAUCGAGAGGAUUUGCUUUUGUCACCUUUGAAAGCCCAGCAGAUGCAGCCAGACGUAUGAAUGGAAAGUCCUGA